CAACAGCUAGCUUCAUUCCUCUGCCUCUCUCUCCCUCCUUCGCCAACUGGCCAUCUCUGUUGUCUCUCGCUAGCUAGCUCGCUCGCUCGCUCGCCAGUCACCACACACACACACACACACUGUGUGUCUGUGCCUGACGCCGCCCCCCAGUUUCAAACGAACGACCCAGCCAGAAACGCGCGCGCGCCAAAGCUACGUGAGUGACGUGGCAGCAUGGUGAGCAUGAUCGCCGACGAGAAGCCGCAGCCGCAGCUGCUGUCCAAGAAGGCCGCCUGCAACAGCCACGGCCAGGACUCGUCCUACUUCCUGGGGUGGGAGGAGUAUGAGAAAAACCCAUACGACCCCGUCGCCAACCCCGGCGGCAUCAUCCAGAUGGGCCUCGCCGAGAACCAGCUGUCCUUCGACCUGCUGGAGGCGUGGCUGGAGGCCAACCCGGACGCGCUCGGCCUCCGCCGGGGAGGCGCCUCUGUAUUCCGCGAGCUCGCGCUCUUCCAGGACUACCACGGCAUGCCGGCCUUCAAGAAUGCAUUGGCGAGGUUCAUGUCGGAGCAACGUGGGUACCGGGUGACCUUCGACCCCAGCAACAUCGUGCUCACCGCCGGAGCCACCUCGGCCAACGAGGCCCUCAUGUUCUGCCUCGCCGACCACGGAGACGCCUUUCUCAUCCCCACGCCAUACUACCCAGGGUUCGACCGUGACCUCAAGUGGCGCACCGGCGCGGAGAUCGUCCCCGUGCACUGCACGAGCGGCAACGGCUUCCGGCUGACGCGCGCCGCGCUGGACGACGCGUACCGGCGCGCGCAGAAGCUGCGGCUGCGCGUCAAGGGCGUGCUCAUCACCAACCCUUCCAACCCGCUGGGCACCACGUCGCCGCGCGCCGACCUGGAGAUGCUGGUGGACUUCGUGGCCGCCAAGGGCAUCCACCUGGUGAGCGACGAGAUAUACUCGGGCACGGUCUUCGCGGACCCGGGCUUCGUGAGCGUCCUCGAGGUGGUGGCCGCGCGCGCCGCCACGGACGACGGCGUCGUCGGCGUUGGGCCGCUGUCGGACCGCGUGCACGUGGUGUACAGCCUGUCCAAGGACCUGGGCCUCCCGGGGUUCCGCGUGGGCGCCAUCUACUCGUCCAACGCCGGCGUGGUCUCCGCGGCCACCAAGAUGUCGAGCUUCGGCCUGGUGUCGUCCCAGACGCAGCACCUCCUGGCGUCGCUCCUGGGCGACAGGGACUUCACGCGGAGGUACAUCGCGGAGAACACGCGGCGGAUCAGGGAGCGGCGCGAGCAGCUGGCGGAGGGCCUGGCGGCCGUGGGCAUCGAGUGCCUGGAGAGCAACGCGGGGCUCUUCUGCUGGGUCAACAUGCGGCGCCUGAUGCGGAGCCGGUCGUUCGAGGGCGAGAUGGAGCUGUGGAAGAAGGUGGUCUUCGAGGUGGGGCUCAACAUCUCCCCGGGCUCCUCCUGCCACUGCCGGGAGCCCGGCUGGUUCCGCGUCUGCUUCGCCAACAUGUCCGCCAAGACGCUCGACGUCGCGCUCCAGCGCCUGGGCGCCUUCGCGGAGGCCGCCACCGCGGGGCGCCGCGUGCUUGCCCCCGCCAGGAGCAUCAGCCUCCCGGUCCGCUUCAGCUGGGCUAACCGCCUCACCCCGGGCUCCGCCGCCGACCGGAAGGCCGAGCGGUAGCCGGUCCCCGUCCGCGCCGACCGCACGUGCUCAGCUCAGCAGCUUCACAGCUCACCACCAGUCACCACCACCACCACCACCACCACCUGGGGUGGAGGCGUGGAGCAAGCAAUGUUCAUAGAAACCACGGUCACGUACUAUACAAUACUACUACCGUACCACACCACACGGCAGCAUCAUUAGCAGUAGGAGAUUAGUAGUAAUCAUUAAUUCCUUAUUGGGUUCUUGUAAUUUCGUAUAUACCACGCCGCCAUUUUUCCUUGGGGCCAGGCCAGCCGAUAGGUGCCCGAGGGCCACUGCACUGCACUGCUGUAUUAGGUAGGAGCAGGAGUGGUGGGUAGCGAAUCCACCUUCCAGCAGCAGGCAUCACAUUUGUGUAUUUUUCGACUGGGUCUCCCGGUUGUUUUGGGUCACUCUGUAUCAUUGUUACGACGAUUGUAUUACUGCUCGGUAAAUAAAUUUCACAUCUGAAAACGUU